AUGAACGGCGACAGCGCAGGCCAGGCCACCUCCAACGGCCAUAACAACAGCACCUCCUACAAGGACAGCCAUGACUACCUCCAGUUCGCCGAGCUGCCUCCCGGAGGCCCAUUGAACCGGUGGUCGCACACCAUCACGAGGGAACAUGACUUUCCCGGCGCACAGGCCAUGUUGUACGGCGCCGGCGUGCCGAACCGCGACAUGAUGAAGAAUGCGCCGCAUGUCGGUAUUGCGACGGUGUGGUGGGAGGGCAACCCUUGCAAGUAUGUGUGCCUUUUAACCUCCCAUCCCACCGCAGUUCUCGAGUUUGGCAGAAUCGUCAAAAAGGCCGUAGAGAGGCAGGGCAUGCUCGGAUGGCAAUUCAACACCGUCGGCGUGUCAGACGCCAUCACAAUGGGAGGCGAAGGCAUGCGAUUCUCCCUCCAGACCCGUGAAAUCAUCGCCGACAGUAUCGAGUCCGUCACCUGCGCCCAGCACCACGACGCCAACAUCUCCAUCCCCGGCUGCGACAAGAACAUGCCCGGCACCAUCAUGGCCGCCGCCCGCCACAACCGGCCCUUCAUCAUGAUCUAUGGCGGCACCAUCAUGAAGGGGCACUCGGAGCUCCUCGAGAAGCCCAUCAACAUCAGCACCUGCUACGAGGCCCGCGGCGCCUUCACCUACGACAGGCUACACGCAAAGUGCAACCCGGGCGCCGAGGGCCGCACGCCGUCCGACGUCAUGGAGGACAUUGAGCAGCACGCCUGCCCCGGCGCGGGAGCCUGCGGCGGCAUGUACACGGCCAACACCAUGGCGACGGCCAUCGAGGCCAUGGGCCUCUCCCUGCCGGGCUCCUCGUCGUACCCGGCCCUGUCCCCCGAGAAGUCGCGCGAGUGCGAGCGCGCCGCCGAGGCCAUCAAGAUCGUCAUGGAGAAGAACCUGCGCCCGCGCGACCUCAUGACGCGCGCCGCCUUCGAGAACGCCCUCGUGCUGACCAUGAUCCUCGGCGGCUCCACCAACGGCGUCCUCCACUUCCUCGCCAUGGCCAACACCGCCGACGUGCCCCUGACCCUCGACGACAUCGACCGCACCAGCAACCGCAUCCCCUUCCUCGCCGACCUCGCCCCCUCCGGCCAGUACUACAUGGAGGACCUCUACCGCGUCGGCGGCACCCCGUCCGUCCUCAAGAUGCUCGUCGCCGCCAACCUCAUCGACGGCUCCAUCAUGACCGUCACCGGCAGGACCCUCGCCGAGAACGUCGCCGACUGGCCCUCCCUCGACCCCAACCAGAAGAUCAUCCGCCCCCUCUCCGACCCCAUCAAGAAGACGGGCCACCUGCGCAUCCUCCGCGGCAACCUCGCCCCGGGCGGCGCCGUCGCCAAGAUCACCGGCAAAGAGGGCCUCUCCUUCACCGGCGUCGCCCGCGUCUUCGACAAGGAGCACGAGCUCGACGUCGCGCUGUCCGAGGGCUCCAUCAAGCGCUCCGACGGCAACCUCGUCCUCAUCGUGCGCUACGAGGGCCCCAAGGGCGGGCCCGGCAUGCCCGAGCAGCUGCGCGCCAGCGCCGCCAUCAUGGGCGCCGGCCUGGACAACGUCGCGCUCGUGACGGACGGGCGGUACAGCGGUGCCUCGCACGGCUUCAUCGUGGGCCACGUCGUCCCCGAGGCGGCCGUCGGCGGACCCAUUGCCCUCGUGCGCAACGGCGACAAGGUGACCAUCAACGCCGAGACGAACCGCAUCGACGCCGUCGACGUCGACGACGCCGAGUUCGAGAGGAGGAGGGCCGAGUGGAAGGCCCCGAAGCCCCAUGUGCGGAGGGGCGCGCUGGGUAAGUAUGCCCGGCUUGUCGGUGACGCUAGUCACGGUGCCGUGACGGAUCAGGCGGAUCCUUCGUGGUAG